AUGGCGAACGCCAAUUAUUUAAAUCAACUUGGGAAGAACAACUCGCCCAAAACGACUCAUCGAAAAGCGAUAAAAAUCACACUAACUCUGUCCCUCGAAAGAAAAAAAACGGAUGAAAAUCUUAUUACCAUAAUUAUUUACUGCAGUACUGGUAGAAUCCAGAUACAAAGACGUUCUAUGCGUGCGUGGGGCGAUAAUAAAUUCCUUACAAUCAAGAAGCUGGUAGACCUAGACAUCGAUGAAAUAUCUCCCAAUACAGCAUCUAAAAACCUUCAAACCUUCAUCGAGAAUAUUACACAGACUCCAACAAAAAAACAAGACCGGAUGAGGUCAAUGAGAUGUCCCCACAAGCGACUCCAAAUCCCGCUGGAAAAUUGA